UAGAGUUAUUAAACUGGCAAUGUAAAUGUUAUUAAACUGGUAGUUAUUAUUAUUAUCUUUUUGCUUAAAUUUAGCUGAGUAAACAAGAAAAUCGUUUUAUAACAAACUUCUUCACUCUCAGCCUCUUCCUCUUGUUCUCAAGUUCUGCAAUUCUAUUAGAUCAUAUGAUCAUGUAAGGAAGAAGAAGAAGAAGAAGAAUAAGAAGCAUGAACGACGAUAUUGAAUUUGUAAAUACUGGGUAAAGAGUUCUUAGAUAGAGAAGUGACUACCUAAAUACAUGGAGUUGGUUGGAGGUCAGCCGCGACGCCUCGCAUCUCCCGAGUUCAAAACCCUUUAUUUGGUGAGGCAUGCACAAGGAAUCCACAAUGUAGCAUUAGAAGAGAAAGGAGGGACAGAUGACAUAGGUGAUCCCCAUUUCUCUCCAAAGCUUUUAGAUGCACCUCUCUCUCCAAAGGGUAUAAAACAGGUUUCUGAACAGCAGAAAGAAAUACUUAAAUCAGGAUUAAUAAACACCGUCCAGUUAGUGAUUACCUCUCCCCUGCGCAGGGCAGUGGAAACUGCAGUUGGAAUAUUUAGGGGACAAAAAGUUAUAAAUCAAUCGGACAACUUCCCUCCAAUUGUAGCACUUGAGCUUUGUAGAGAACGCAUGGGACUAUAUCCGUGUGAUCGCAGAGAAAGUAUAAGUACCCGUCGUAUUUGUUUCCCGGAGAUCGACUUUACAAUGGUAGAGAGUGAUGAAGAUGCUCUAUGGAGAGAAGAGGAAAGGGAAAACCUAGAAGAGGUUUCUGCUAGAGGCCUUCGCUUUCUCAAAUGGUUAUGGGAGAGACCAGAGAAAGAAAUUGCAGUUGUUAGCCAUGGGAUUUUCUUGCAACAAACACUUCGUGCCCUGCAUGAAAAAGUUAGCAUACCUCUAGAAGAUAGUCUUCUCACAAGGUUUGCCAAUUGUGAACUACGGUCAAUCCGGAUAGAUAAGAGUGCAGUGACAUGGAAGUACUAACGACCUAUAACUGUAGAAAAAACGCGGCUCCAACUUCAAGUUCCCUUCACACGCUUGAAUAAAAGCCAUUCGUCUGAACUGUGUUUUUAUGUUUGCAUGCCAUGGACUUAGCGCUUGGAACCAGGGAAGCAGGCCACAUCCGAAUCUGGUUACCACUAACCUAUAGCCUAUGCGAGGGCAGACAUGCGUGUGAAACUCUCUCUCUUUUUGUUUUUCUUGAUUAAUGUUUUACUUCCUGGGAAUCUCUCUUCUUAAUUUCUUUUACUUAUGUGUGAUAGAGUACUUUAGCAAAAAUGAUCAGCUUAAGUUUGUGGUUCCGUUAAUAUUAUAUACAUAUUUGUCAUUCCAA